AUGUGGAUUAUUUUGAUGUUCACGAGUUACAGUUUUGCUCUGGGAUCAGGGUACAGAAAAAGUACAGAAAAUCUGGGAAAGAGACAAUAUCAGAUCCAGAAAGGCCCUUGCAGCUACACGUUUCUGUUACCCGAGAUGGAAAAUUGCAGAUCAUCUUCAUAUCCUUAUGCAACUAAUGCAGUGCAACGAGAUGAUCCAGCUGAAUAUGACGAAUCAGUGCAGAGACUGGAACUUCUCGAAGAUAUCAUGGAAAACAACACCCAGUGGCUCUUAAAGCUAGAAAACUACAUCCAAGUCAACAUGAAGCACGAUAUGGUACAAAUUCAACAGAGUGCAGUGCACAACCACACAGCAGCCAUGAUUGAAAUUGGAACCAACCUGUUAAGUCAAACAGCAGAGCAGACCCGCAAAUUAACAAGUGUGGAGGCUCAGGUAAUAAAUCAAACUACAAGACUUGAACUUCAACUACUACAAAAUGCCCUUUCAACAAAUAAACUGGAAAAACAAAUUCUAGUCCAAACAACUGAAAUAAGUAGACUUCAUGAUAAGAACAGUUUUCUAGAAAAAAGAGUUUUAGAAAUGGAAGACCAGCGUCUAGCAGAACUUAAGACCCUGAAAGAUGAAAAGGACCAAAUCAAGCAGCUUGUGUUGCGACAGAACUCAAUGAUUGAGGAGCUGGAGCAGCAGCUGGUCACAGCAGCAUCAAACAACUCUGUCUUGCAGAAACAGCAGCAUGAUCUGAUGAAAACUGUUACUGAUCUUAUCACAAUAAUAUCCCCUCCUAACCUGAAAACUUCAAUCAUGGCUACAGAAGCUCAAAACCUUUAUAAAGACUGUGCAGAACUAUAUAAAUCUGGAAAGACAACAAGUGGUGUCUAUGCACUGACUCUCCCCAACACAACAGAGCAAAUAAAGGCAUACUGUGAUAUGGACUCCAGUGGAGGUGGCUGGACAGUAAUACAGCGUCGUACAGAUGGCCAUGUAGAUUUUCACAGAACUUGGAAAGAAUACAAAAUGGGGUUUGGUGACUCUGCUGGGGAAUACUGGCUGGGAAAUGAAUUUGUUUCCCAGCUAACCAAUGACCAACCACAUGCUCUGAGGAUUCAACUAAAAGACUGGGAAGGCAAUGAGGGCUAUUCACUCUAUGAUAAUUUUUAUCUCAACAGUGAGGCGCAGAACUACAGGAUACACCUUAAAGACUACAGUGGAACGGCAGGCAAAAUCAGUAGCCUUGGCCAAUCAGGAAGUGAUUUCAGUACAAAGGAUGUAGACAAUGACAAAUGUAUUUGCCAAUGUUCAAAACUCACCACAGGAGGUUGGUGGUUUGAUGCCUGUGGGCCUUCAAACUUAAAUGGAAUGUACUACCAACUGGGACAGAACACAAACAGAUUCAAUGGAAUCAAAUGGUAUUACUGGAAAGGGUCAGGCUACUCGCUAAAAGCAACUACAAUGAUGAUCAGACCUGCAGACUUCUGAUAAGGCAUCUGUUCAAAGAGUUUUCUGCCUAGUCUACAAAAUAUGGCUAGUACCUUAACUUUUCUGUGUUUUACAUCUAUCUGUUUGUUUAUAGGAAAUAUUCCAUUCCAUCAGAAGAUGGAAUAUUUAAUUUUUUUGAGGAAGUUUGCGUACUUGAACUACUGUAUAAAAAGCUGUAAACUUUGCUUGGUGCAAUUUUAUACAUUCUUUUUUAUUAUUAUUGUUAUUUAUACAAAACUGGAACUGUGAGAGACAAUUUAACAAAAGUAUGCCCUUUUGUGUAAUAUAAUUGUGAUCCAGCCUGCCGAUCACCACUCAUCAGGAAAAGGUGUCAAGAACUGUUUAGUUCGCAAACUUUUUUUUUUUUUUUUUAAUUCUAAGUGUUAAAAUUCAAGAAGGAAAAAGCACUUUGUAAGUGGAUACUUGUUCGGUUGUUAACAUAGAAAACAGGAUGUUGACUUUCAUAAAAAGCAAAGGGAAUUGUUUUGUAAAAUGUUGUAUAGAGUUUAUUCAUGUAUAUUAUCAUUGAAGGAACCACAAUAAUUUUUUGAAAAUUAAAAACAUUAGGAGGAUAAAAACCAUUAGUUUGUUUGAAAGCGCAGCAGAACCAUCUAGAAUUAUGUUACUAUCUCUACAGCAAUGGCCAGAAGUUUUGCAUCUCUCUAUAAUUAACUAAUUUUGCUUCAUAAAGUCAAGUGAAACCAGCUGAAUAAUGUUACCUUAACAUAUAGAAUUACAUACAGGUUUGUACUACUUUUCCAUACAGUAUACGUAAUGAAACACUGACAAAUUGAAAAAUGUGACAUUUUGAAAUCUAACAUGAAAUACUUUACUACUAUUAUAGCU